GUUAAAAACCGUAAAAUGCAAACAGUUACCAAUAUAUUUAUCGCUAAUUUAGCUGUUGCGGAUGUUGUUAUUGGAAUGUUUUCGGUGCCAUUUCAGUUCCAAGCUGCGUUGCUGCAACGUUGGGUUUUAGCCCAUUUUAUGUGCUCUCUAGCUCCGUUUGUUCAAGUCAUCUCCGUUAACGUUAGUAUAUUCACAUUAAGUGUCAUAGCGUGUGAUCGCUAUAUUGCAGUACUGCACCCGUUUAAAGCAGGAUGUUCUAAAAAAUCUGCGGCCAUUAUUAUAACUGUUAUUUGGUGGGUGGCAAUUACCACUGCUUUGCCGUAUGUUCUCUUCUACCGAGUUAAGCACAUGGGGAAUACCUUGCAAUGCCAACCCACCUGGCCUGACUUUUGGGACUUAUUUCCUUCAUUUUACAACUUAUUCCUGGUUUUUAUCCAAUACAUAUUACCACUUAUCGUCAUCAGUUUCUGCUAUUUCCGGAUCGCCAGCCAUAUUUGGGGAGCCCGUGCACCCGGGAAUAAUAUAAACACGGAAGACAUCAGAAGCCGUAACAAGAAAAAGGUUGUAAAGAUGAUGAUUAUUGUAGUCUGUUCCUUUGUUUUGUGUUGGCUGCCAUUACAAACUUAUAAUCUACUCAACGUCUUAUACCCAGUCAUCAAUGACUAUCACUACAUGAAUAUUAUAUGGUUAUGUUCUAAUUGGUUUGCGAUGAGUAACUCCUGUUAUAAUCCAUUUAUAUAUGGUUUAUGUAACGAGAAGUUUAAACGAGAGUUUCGUAUUUUAUUCUCUAUGUGUCCAUGUAAAUGUGUUCAACCAGAAAGCAAGGAGUACAUUGAUUAUUCUGAGGAUGGAAACCAUACUUAUAGACGCUGUAGUGUCACCAGAAAUAUCACUGUGCGAUAUAACUUCUGUCGUGACGGAAGUAGGCGCUUCUUCCGACCCCCGACCGACACAACAGAGACGUCGCAGAUUUGACUAGCACGGUCAAAAUUGGGACAGAUAAAAGAUAAGGAUAAGGCUCAAAGUCAGAAUCAAGGCCAAUCGCGGGGACAAUCGCGAAAAAGUAAACACCCACAGGAUGGAGGAGAUGGUAAUUCGUGUAUCGAGGAAUCGUCAUAUAAACCAAUGUUUCCGGUAGCUCUACUUCCGCCGGAUGUGGGCCUCACUCAUAUCGGACGACAAGAAAAGGUGUACAGGCCUGUAUAUCCUUUCUUACCGAAUGAUGUUGGCGAAAAACUCGGACCAACUGAGGUUUGAUGCCCUUCGUAAAUAUUAAUAAUGUGGGAUGACGCAACUUGUAAAGAACUGGUUUGUUUCGUAUUCGGAAUUCGUUUGUCUUGUGACGAUUGUGAUGGCUUGCUUGUGGAUUUGGGGCGUUUGGUAAUACAAUGCCUGCUGAAAAUCUGAAAUGGAUUGUGGCGAUUAUUCAGUAUCCCUUAUUGUAGGCUAUGUGCUGUCGCUAACAUCCAUCCCACUUAUGGUCAGAUGUAAGCGCUUUCAAGACAAACGUUUGUUUUAUUAGAUAAAUGUGGGCUUUGGGUCAAAUGCGGGGAAAGUCCGCUAUCUUAUUACGUUUCCCAUUCCGACUCCACUAUUGCAAGUGUA